AUGGCUGACACGGGCUGGCCAGGCUGUGCGAAGAGUUUGAAAGGUGUCAUAUUGGACAUGUGUGGCGUUUUAUAUGACAGCGGAGAGGGCGACGGGGUUGCAAUCCCUGGAUCGAUUGAAGCUGUGAAAAAGCUCAAGGCGUCUAACCUGCAGCUGCGCUUCUGCACCAAUGAGACCCAGGCCACCAGAGAGAAGUUUGUAGCCAAGCUGCAAAGGCUGGGCUUCGAUAUCUCUGUAUGUGAGGUCUUCUCUCCUGCUCCUGCAGCCGUAGCUGUCCUCAAGGAGAGGGGUCUACGGCCUCACCUGCUGGUGUAUGAUGGACUUCUACCAGAGUUUGACAGUGUUGACAAGACCGGCCCAAACUGUGUGGUGAUUGGAGAUGCAGCUGAAAACUUCUCCUACCAGAACCUGAACGAGGCGUUCAGGGUCCUUAUCGGCCUGGAGAAGCCAGUGCUGCUCUCUCUGGGCCAAGGGAGGUACUAUAAAGAGACUGAUGGUCUGAAACUAGAUGUCGGGGUGUUCAUGAAGGCUCUGGAGUAUGCCAGUGAUCUAAAGGCUGAAGUUGUUGGAAAGCCAUCCCCAACAUUCUUCCAGAGCGUUCUCAAUGAUAUGGGGCUUCAACCACAUGAGGCACUAAUGAUUGGGGACGAUCUGGUGAAUGAUGUAGGUGGGGCCCAAAACUGUGGAAUGAAAGGUGUACAAGUCAGGACAGGCAAAUACAGGCCCAGCGACGAGAGGCUCUCAACGGUGACGGCUGACGGCACUGUGGACAACCUGGCUCAGGCUGUGGACAUGAUCCUCACUCAGAGGCACUGAGCACAAGGCAUGACACUGGAAACUCUCCCUAUACUGUGACCCUGGGUGAUACAGGCUAGUGCUCUCUAGUAUUUUAACCCUCCUGUUAUGUUGCGGGUCAAAUUGACCCAUUUCAAAGUCUAAAAAAGUAAAAAUCUAAAACAAAUAGUUAAAAGUAUUUUUUCGGGACGAAACUUCUUCUACUUGGCUUAAUAAGUGUAAUCAACUUAUACAAUGAAAAUGGUUCAUUUCACAUAGUUGCAUGUUUAUAUUAAAUACACUCGUGGAAAAAUGAUUAGACCAUUGCUUUCUUCAAUUUCUUGUUCAUUUUAAUGCCUGGUACAACUAAAGGUACAUUUGUUUGGACAGAUAUAAUGAUAACAACAAAAAUAGCUCAUAAGAGUUUUAUUUAAGAGCUGAUAUCUAGCCAUUUUCCAUGGUUUUCUUGAUUAUUAUCAUAAAAAAAGUUUUAACGUGCAUUUAAUAAUGAAAUAUGAGUGAAUUAUCAUAUAUAUAUAUAUAUAUAUAUAUAUAUAUAUAUAUAUAUAUAUAAAACAAUGUUUAUUGAUAUUUUUGGGUUUGUGACACCUUUGGAUAAUUAAACAUGCCCCGGGUAAAAUUGACCCACAAACAUUAUUGCUGUUCCUGAGAAACAAACAUAAUAGGAGGGUUGAUUUAACUCUGUGUGAAGUAAAAGCACUACAAAACCUAAAUACCAUCCAAGUACUCUAUAUCCUGCAACUGUCAUUGAACUAUGGGAAACACCCACACAUCUGAUGCUCCACAGUGUGACACAAACUGGAAUAUUUGCAGAACUAUAACUCAAAUCUGCAAAAGA